CAAAAAUAAAAAGAAAAAUCAGUCCGAUCUCCUUUCCAACUGUACUAGAACUAUAUAUAAGUAGUUUUAGCCGUUUUCCAACACAAAUUUUUGUUUCAUUUACUCAUACUUUUCAUCGUUAUGGCCGGUUUCUUACACGUCUUGUCUUUUACUACUGCUUGCUUGGUUUUCGGGCUGGUUUUUUUAGUAUCACCUCCGGAUGCGGUGGGAGCAGCAGGAAAACCGUCCUUCUUUCAAACCCCCGGCAAAAAUGACGGUGAGGAAUCCCAGAGGCAAAGAGAAGCAGAUAGAGUAGUGAAUCUACCGGGGCUGCCGCCGGCGACGGAGAAUAACAAAGAUGUCGGUUUUCAGCACUUCGCCGGUUAUGUCAAAGUCCGACCAACCGAUGAAAAGGCACUCUUCUAUUGGUUCUUUGAAGCCGUUAAUAAUGUUUCCGACAAACCUCUUGUUCUAUGGCUUAAUGGAGGACCCGGUUGCUCAUCAAUCGCAUAUGGAGCUAUGCAAGAACUUGGUCCAUUUCUUGUCCACAACAACAAUGCGAACCUUACUCUGAAUAAAUUCUCUUGGAAUAAAGAGGCAAAUAUGAUUUUCCUGGAAGCACCGGUUGGGGUUGGAUUUUCGUAUUCAAACAAAUCAGAGGACAUCAACAACCUUGGCGAUGCAGUCACAGCCCGAGAUUCCUACGACUUCUUACUCGGGUGGUUUAAAAGGUUUCCCAACUUUAGGUCCCACGAUUUCUACAUCGCUGGAGAGAGCUAUGCCGGUCAUUAUGUCCCACAGCUGGCUGACCUUAUCUAUGAAAAGAAUAAAGGAGCUACGAAAGACUCCAUUAUUAACCUCAAGGGUUUCUUGAUAGGAAAUGCAGUGAUAAACGACCCAACAGAUCAGUUAGGAUUCGUUGACUAUGCCUGGAGCCAUGCAAUCAUCUCCGACCAACUCCAUAGUGACAUUAACAAAGAUUGUGAUUUCAAGAGCAACACUUCAAGCAGCCAAUGUACUAUGCAUAUUCGAGGAUUCUUACAAGCUUAUUCCAACAUUGACAUCUACAACAUCUACGCUCCCGUUUGUCUCACUACUUCUUUCCAGAAGAAGAAGAUCAGUACUCUUCACAGGCUUAGAGGUGCACCUCGAUUUUUCACUAAAAACGUGAUUUGGGAGGACCUACCAUCAGGGUAUGAUCCAUGCACAGAGGAAUACGUGGAGACAUAUUUCAACCGGGAAGAUGUUCAGAAAGCCAUUCAUGCCAAUCUCACCAAAUUGUCCUAUCCCUAUACCCCUUGCAGCAAUGUAAUUACGAAAUGGAAUGAUUCUCCCGACACAGUGUUGCCCACACUUCAGAAGCUUUUAAAUGCUGGCCUACGGGUCUGGGUGUUCAGUGGGGACACGGAUGGAAGAGUGCCAGUAACAUCAACAAGGUACAGCAUAAAUGCAAUGGGUUUAACAGUGAAAGAAGGGUGGAGGGCAUGGUUCCUUGAUAACAAACAAGUUGGAGGGUGGGUUGAGUCCUACGACCAAGGCCUAACAUUCCUUACUGUUAGAGGCGCAGGUCACCAAGUACCCAUGUUUGCACCUCACCAGUCUCUUCUUCUUUUCUCUCAUUUCCUUAAGGGUACUUCUUUACCCUCAUCAAUCUAGUCUAUCUAGUAUAGUUAAUAAGGAACUACUAUCUCCGUUUUAAAAAAAAAAAGUCUAUUUUAAGUGUUAGAAUUUGUACUAAACAAUAAAUUGUCAGAUCAGUUCUAUUUUUUGGGUGAUUCUCUAUGGGGAAAACUCAUCUGAAAUUACUGGAAAUGAGUUUGAAUCAUAGUGGGCAUGGUUAUGCUAUUGUCACCAGUUUACGACUUUAAGUUACUACAAAUGUGCUAAAGUAUUUGAUAUUGAAUGGUCAACUUGGUCG